GUGAACAACAAUGGCCUGGUCUCGUUCCUCAGAGAGGUGUCUCAGUUCACACCCGUGGCGUUUCCCAUCGCUGGCGACCGGAGGGUUGUGGCGCCGUUCUGGGCUGACGUGGACAACAGGCGGAGGGGGCAGGUCUUCUACCGGGAGAGUAAAGACCCAUCUGUCCUCCAGAGGGCCACAGCUGACGUCAGACGAUACUUCUCUGAGUUCCCAGAGUUCAGUGCAACGUGGAUCCUCAUCUCAACUUGGCACAAAGUCACCUUCUUUGGAGGCAGUGACAUAACACCGGUAGGAUUCUCAACCAAUCAAAUAAAUAAAUAAAUCACUCAACCAAUCAAUCAAUCAAUCAAAUGUAUUUACAUAAGAAGUUGUCACAAAGUGCUUUAGUCAAUCUAGACCUCCAAAACACAGGAAGGAGCACAGAGGCACAAACUCCCCCAAGGAUAAGGGGAGACUCUUGUCUUGUUAUUCAGCAUCCUAGAGUGCUAUAUGUGACCUGUUGACUACUGUGCCCUGCAGGUGAAUACGUUCCAAGUGAUACUGAUCACCAACGGAGAGCUAUCCUUCACCAUCUUCCAGUACCAUGACAUCACCUGGACCACAGGCAUGCACGCCAGCAGUGGAGGGGACCUGGCAGGGCUAGGAGGCAUCGCUGCACAGGUAAGAUCACAGAGAUGUCCUCAAAAACCAUGUUUAUAG